AUGCAUUCACAUUUAGUUACCAACCCACAACCUCCACACCAUUUUAAAAACUUAAACAUCCUACGUGGUGUCGCCAGUUUUAUUGUAGUUGUUUUUCAUCUUUUUGAAACGUAUUCAACUUCCUUAUUAGAUCAAAGAAUCAAUCACGGAUAUUUGGCAGUCGACUUUUUCUUCAUGGUUUCCGGUUUUGUUCUUUCAUAUUCCAAUUCCAAGUCCACUUCCAAUUCAACUUCACCCAUUUCCUUCCAACUCUUCAUGACAAAACGUUACAUCAGAUUACAACCUUUUCAGCUGUUUGGGACAUUAAUAGGUCUCCUAACUUUUUAUUGCUGCCAAAGUCCAGUUUUUCCGUUAGUUGAAAAAACGUCCGUUAUAAAGUUGUUAUUUGUAUUUUUAAUCACCGUUUUGAUGAUACCGGUUCCCCCUUCUUUAGACAUCUUUGGGGACGGUGCGAUGUAUCCACUCAAUGGACCGAUGUGGACGAGCUUUUUUGAGUAUUGUGGGAGUGCGUUUUACUUUUGUGUUCUUCGGAAAUUGAAUAAGACAAAGUUGUUCAUUUUGUGUGUUGUAUUUUCGUUCUUAUUAAUGGACAUUGCAACUGAACUGAACGUUUUUGGAAUGAUGGAAAAGAGGGAGAGAUAUGGAUAUUCUCUGGUUGGAGGGUGGGUGAUAAACACAUCACAUUUAUAUAUUGGAUUUUCACGACUUCUUUUUCCAUUCACGAUGGGGGUGUUCCUUGACAAAAUGAAGCAAAAAAUCGACACACACUUUGGAGAGGAAAUUUCAGUCUUUUUGUUGUUAUUUGUGUUUUUCACGCCUAGAAUAGGUGGUGCGAAUUAUGGGUGGGAAAAUGGAGUUUUUGAGGUGUUUUGUGUUGUUUUCGUAUUUCCUGUUAUAAUUUUGAUUGCCAUAGGAAGUCCAACUAAAAAUAGAAAAACAGAGAAAGUGGCCCAAUUUUUCGGGAAUAUUUCGUAUGGAAUGUUUUGCGUCAACUACCCACUUAUUUACUUACAAAUGGUAUGGGCUCAGAAAUACAGUGAGUUGCCUAGUAUCGUUCAUUUGGGGUUUGGUUCUAUAUUACUUUGUUUGUGCAUCAUUCUUUCUGUGAUUGGGCUUCGUUGGUUUGAUGAACCACUUCGAACAAAGUUGAAUAAAUUGAUUAAGAUAUAA